ACUUCAGUGUGUAGUAAGGCGUCACAGUGCAUGUAAGAAAGCAUUGCCUUGCAGUCUGCCUGACCGACAUGAUCGUUGCCAUCAAUCCUUCCCAUUCAUCACCGAGCGAUCCCAUAUCAUUCGAGCCGUUUUCUGUCCCGACCCACCAAAAGAUCCGCGGCACCUGUUCGUUCCUGCGGACAGCUUCGCACAGUAGUAUCUCCAUGUCUCUGCGGGCGAUAGAAACCCCAGUGUGACUACGGUUCUGUCAGUCCACCCGACCAUGCCAUCGUCACAACCGCCGGGCAGCGAUCGAUCCUUGCUGGAUAGGCUGAAUGCUCUCAAACCCACAAGCAUCACAUUUGACAAAUCCGCAAACCCCGCAAGUGCGACUGGCCCAGGGACCCGACCGGAGUCGAAAGAAGAUGCCUUGACCGCUCGGCUACGGGUACUCCGGAGUCAGACCAGCGGCGAGAAGCCCGGCGAAGGCGCUCCUCAGACACAAGGCCGCGGUCAGCAGCCAGGCAGACCGGACGACGCCGUGCGCGAUGGAGCCGGCACAGCAGCAUCGCCUCUGGUAGAUCAGGCGGGCACUCAGCCAUCAUCGGUAUCUCCAAAGGGUCACCGAAGCCCUAAGCAAAACAAGUUCUCCUAUCAGAUCGCCGACUCGCAGGCGGACGAUGAGGAGGCCGUGGACGAGCUUCUCGAGGCUCUAGCAGACGAGGACUUUGAACUCGCCGCAGCCGAGGAUGAAGAGCCGGCACCUCGGCAAAGCCGAGACGACGAGGCAGAGAGGGUGUCUGAUCUCCUGCGCUCGCUGCAGCAUGACGCCGGGGCGUCGACUCCCCAGGGCUCCAACCCGCCGUCGGCCGACGACUCGGACCACUCAGACGGCGAGCAGAUGACGCGCGCCGUCGAGACGGUGCUCUCGCAGAUACGCGACGAGAUACGCUCCCUCCCGCCGCCUGGAGCAACGCUCGCCAAACAGGACGAUAACCAGCUCGCGGAAGACUGCCAGCAAAAGUCUGGUGAAGUGGAGAGCGCGGAAUCCGAGAGAGGCGCGGGUCUUCAAGCUCCCGCCGGCUGGGCCGCGGACCGGCCUGGGGACAGGGACGAGGACGGAGGCGGAGGCGGAGACGGCGACGAACCCUCGUUCACCCUCCCCGCGGUGCCCUCGCAGCUCCCCGACCCGGCCACGACGACGACGACGACAACAACAACAAGGAUGGCAACCGACGGCGGCGGGGACGACUUCGAGAAGGACAUCUCGGCGCGCCUGGCGUCCCUGCGCGGAUUCGGGUCUCUCGACGCGCUCGGGCUGCCGUCGGCGCCGACGUUCCGUCCUCAAGACCGCCACGGCCAGUCGUCAUCGGUGCCGGUCGGCAAGAACCUCCUGCGACCCAGCAGGUACACCGACGAGGACCAAAAGACGUGGUGCAUCGUGUGCCUAGAGGACGCGGCGAUUAGGUGUAUCGGGUGCGACAACGACGUCUACUGCGCCCGCUGCUGGAAGGAGAUGCACGUGGGACCCUCUGCCGGCUACGACGAACGGGGCCAUCAGUGGGUGAAGUUCGAGAGGAACGCUCCUCGGUAAUUGUUUCCCGAGACUUGGCUACAUGCAUCAUGCAUCUCCGGGUCGGUUAUGGGUGGUUCACCGCACUUGUUCUACGAUAUUGG